AUCAUUUCUUUAAAAACCACUUCGAGAAAAGGAAAGAGAAACACUCGUUUAAUUUGGUUUGCAAAAUGUAAAUUCUCUGCUCUACUCAUUACGUAUGUGGGCGUUAAGGAAUUCAAUUACUCUUAUUUCUUGUCUGGAUAGCGUUCCGGUAAAAUUUAUUUGUUGUUGCAGCGUGCUCUGUGUUCCCACACAUUUCAAGAGAAACCAAAUAUUUGUGUUCCUUUUUGCGUGGACAAUUAACGUACAAAACAAAAAUGGGAAGAAUCUCUUUUAUUUGUGUAGCUAAAGCUAUUACGAACAUCUAAUUCCAAUUACUAUUCACGACGUACUGAGUUUAACUUCUGACACUAAAACUGAGAUCCCGGAAAAGCCCAAAACUCGCCAGCUUUCAAAAUUAAGCCCCGCCAAAUGUGAACAAAGACAAUUCAUAACAUUAUGCUCAACCAUUAAACCACCACAAGCCGGCAAAGGAUCCCCCUAACUACCACAGUAAUACACAGUUCUACCUCAAACAACAAAGUGUCAUCAAAAUUACCACGUCGCUAACAAGUACAUAUAAGGUCAACAAAAUUCAGACCAUAAUCAUAAGCUAAUUUAAUUAAGACCAGGAUUGGCUAAGUAUGUAAGCAACCGAUAAUGCGAAAGAGCACAUUCUGGAAAGAGCGUGGGUGAAAAAAUGCUAUAAGAGCGAGACCGAUAAAGCAAAGCGAUAACUAGCAAGAUGCAGUUCGCAGCUGGGAUGGACAGGUUGAAGAACACCCACGAGCUUGGUUUGAUGGCAUAUGUUAUGCUUUGUUCUUUUUCACUUCUCGUGGUCCAAGGUGCCCCGACUGCCAAGGACCGUAAUGAACCGCAAAACGGUACAUUGCAAGUAGUUUGGUUCUCAAGCACACCAAGUUUUAUCACUGUGGGCCAACGAAAAGACUUGGAAUGCUAUUUCUCCGGAUGGCCUUUCCCUUCCGAGGUCCAUUGGUUCAAGGAUGACCAAAUAAUCACGAACGGAACUGAAGGCAUUUAUCAUUCAGAGGUCAAGAGAGGGAAAAAUGGAGAGGGAACUCUUUGUAGCAGACUUAUUCUUCCUCCAGGACGUGAAGAGCUUGAAGGUUUCUAUAAGUGCAGAGCGAAAAACAGUUUUUCGGAAGUCUCUGUAUCCUUGCAGUUGAUAUAUGUGUGUCCCCGUCCAGGAAGCCCUACUGUCGUUUCUGGGAAGGAAUCUGAGAGCAAAUCGUCUAACGUGAGCCUGGCAUGUCUGAUUGAUUAUGGCUGGGCCUGCCCACAACGUUUGUUUUGGACUCUAAACAAUACAGCGCAUUUGUCGGAAAGAGCUGAAAAGUAUGAAAUACAAGUAAAGGAUACUCAAAGCAAAUGCAAGAAAGAAUUCAUCCUCUCCAUUUUUAACGUGACGGAACAUGACGAGGGAACAUACAGCUGCCAUUGGCAAUGCAAGUACAGUGGAUCUAUGGAAGCUGCCAUUGACUUGAAGAUAACAGAUGAACCACAGAUAGGAGCUUGAGGCACUGGGUAGACAACUUGGAUUGCACAGGACAGAUCGGAUUUCAACGCAGCCCUAGAUCAGAAUAAUUGAAACUUCAAAUUAAAUUCAUUUAAAAAUUACCGAUGAUUCAGUUUUAUCCGCAUAGCAGUUUUGAAAUAGCUUUUGAAAACGUCAAUCUGUGUCUAGAAUGCUUUAAAUAGGCAGAAAUAAAUAAAAUCCUUGAUUAACUUUCAAAGCCGGAUUUGUGUUGAUUAUAAAAAAGUGUAAAAACAAAAGGACCCACCCACUGUAGACUAUAAGCACGUAUGAGGGUCUAUUAGUUGCAAAAAGCUUAAACAAACAUAGGUAAAAUUAAUUUGCACAACAGGAGUGCUUGCUCAUCGGCGCCCAUUUUAAUUAAUUUUAACUGUGGCAGGCUUGGAGGUCAUGUAUGAGCUACCUUGCAUAGUUCUGGUCAGACGCUAAGAGAACGAGUUAUAGUCUGAAGUUCAUUUGAUUGAGUGUAAAGCAUUUCGUCUAAAAGCGUAGAUUUUCUGUUCAGACUAAAGAACAAAGGAAACAUGGUCAUACCUGUAUAUUAUUACAUUAGCAUACGUCAAAGGGUAAUUUCAUUAUUGCCUCACGGGACUUCACCUUGAGUGUUUUAGCUCCUAGUGAAACGCCGACGAACCGGAAAUUCGGGGAAGCCCCAAACAGGAGAGUCUGCUCGUUGCCUAAGUACAACACAAUCCACUUCCGAUGAGUCGAUUCGUCAACUCUUUUGUUGCCGACGAAUUGACUCAAUGUGGGUGUAAAGGACAUGGCUGGAUUAUAGGAAAAUAAAUACUUACCUUACCCUACCUUACCUUACCUUCCCUUCCCUUCCCUUCCCUUCCCU